ACUCCGCGCUACCAACGACCCCCUCCUUAUUUUCCUCAGUGAACUACAACCCGCCACCCUCGACAGGAACUCGUGCCUCGUGACAACCUCGUGGUGGUGGUUACUUCUUCUUACCAGAGAUUUUUCUCAUUUCAAAAGAUCCACUUGAAGAUUUUCAACGCUAAAAUGUCCACGUCUAAAAAUUUUCUUCGUCGAUGCAUCAUCUUUAUUCCUCUCUUCGUCUGCUAUACUCACGCAUGGUCGGACAUGUUCGACGAUGUGGAUUGCGAAAAGUUUCCCUUUUAUCCAACAUGUCGAGGUCAAAUGUUGACAAAACGAAUGAAUACGAUUGGAGUUUAUAAGGAAUGCGAUGAAUCUAAAAGGGAUAGAAAUUGUUUAAACGGCGAAAUAAAAUCGCACGAAACUAAUCGACACUUUGUCUCGAAUCCAAGAUCGAAAUUUUGGAAAAGCCUUCUCGAGAGCGGGAUCAGCCUAAAUGCCAUCCAUGACAUCUACGAUUCGGAUUAUGAUAGACAAUCGAAAAAAAAGAAGUACAGCAACCAAAGAAUACCACUGAUCGACGCGAUCUUUCUGUCAGACUUGACCAACUCGAACGACUAUUAAUUUGGAAAAUGCCGAAAUAAAUGUCACGCGUUAAGCUCAAAUAUCUCACAAAAUUCUAAUUUUCUAUAAAUGCCUUACUCUCUUGCUCAUAUUUCAUACAUUGACUUUACAACUUAUUUACAUAUUUAAAUCUAUGUAUAUUUAUUUCCUCGUAUAUGUGCAUGUAAACAUUUGGAAAUGAAAAAAUAAGUAUGAAUUUUCUUGAUAAAUACAUCGAAUAAGAAGAAAAAUCAUUUCUUUUUGCCUUGUCUUAUUCGCUUUGCAAUGAUAUUUCAACCAUUUUUAGCUUGUAAAUUAUAUAAGUAAUCUAGAAAACGACACACCCUGUAUCAUUUAUGUUCAUUUAUCAUCGUUAAAAAAAUAAAAGUCAUCAUCAAAGAAAUAUAUUUAUUAUAUUCUAUAAAAUAUCAGAAUCUCUCUAUUUUCAUCUACGUAUGAUAUGUGGGUGUCGAAAAUACGAGUAUUCUUAUGUACAAACAAUGGAAAUUUAUUCCUCCAAUAACAAAUAAUAAAGAAUCUUAUCAUUAUAUCAUUUGCUAUAAAUUUGAUUAUCUUUACUUCUUACGAAAUAUAAUUUCUAAUCAUAUCUAUUUUGAAAUGAUGUAGUAACUUGUCAAGACACCCUGUAUGCCUCUGAAUACCUCAUGAUAACCUCAUGUCAUCUUAUGCGCAUCCGCAUCGUGUCCUGUCCACCGGUAUAAUAUAUACAAUUGUUGUGCUAUUAUUUAAAGUUGUUACUUAUAAAUAAAAACAAUAUUGAUUUAACGUUUAUUUAUACAAUUGAAGAUCUAGUCAUUCAAUAUGAUUAAUAUAACGAGAUCAAUCAUAGGAACAGGAUACAAAAAUCAUAGAAAUUUAUUUUUGAGGUUAACUCGUGAUACCAAAAACAUUUGCAAUGUUAACUAUAAACCGAACAAAAUGAAUAAAUUAUUGUUAAGACCUAGAGAAAAAUUUAAUUACUAUGUUAUUAAUCGAACUUAUAGUAAUCAAUUAAGUAAUAUAAAUGUACAAUCAACAAAACAAGAAUUACAUGAUGAUUAUAAAGAUGAAAAUGUACUAACGGAAAAUCAAUAUGCUCGCAAUUAUUUUCUAAAUUCUGUUCAUUAUAAUAAAACGACUGUACCUCAAAGGAAAUUGGAAGUAAUUAUAUCAGAUGCAGAGGCAGAAGAAUUAUUAAAUAAAGAUUGGUCGACGGCUACUAUCAAUGAUCUGGUUUCUGCUUUAAAGAGAUUGUCACAUCAUAUAGAAAAUCAAAGUGAUCAUGAUGUUAUGCAUCAACUGCCAAAAUAUAAUCUUAUCUUACAUGCUUUAAAAAAAAAUAGUAAUCAUCUUACAUAUGAUUUAUUAGAAGAAAUAUUAAUCAGUUUAAUACCAUUUCAGAAACAUUUGGGAAGAACAAAAGAAUUCAAAGAUUUAAUGGCAUCACUAGAUAAUUAUUGUGCAAAACAAUAUAUAAACUGGCCUAUUGAAUCAAUGUUUUUAAUAAGUGACGCAUUUUAUUGUCUUUACUAUUACAAUAGUAAUUUUGUAUGGAAAUUUAUGAGAAAAAUGAAUUCAAAGCUAAAUAAACUAACAACAAAUAAUCUUGUUCAACUUAUGUUUCUUGUUAAUAUUAGACGUGAUAAUCCACUAAAUAUGUACGAAGUCGAAUCAGUUCUAGACCAACAUUUAGAUGAUCUUACUAUAAAUGAAUUAGGUCUGAUAGCGAUGGGAUUUUUUAAAAGUAAGUCGAAAAUCCGAGAUUCUGCACUAUUGAAACAAAUGACAGAUCGUUUAGCUCGUGAUAUAAAUAUUGUGGAUAAAAUCAGCUUAACAUCUUUAUUAAAACUUAUACGGUAUAGCAUGAAAUUUAACGAAUUGGAAAACUUGAAAUUGUUAAUGAAAUGUAUCAGUCCAAUGCUUCCUACAUACGAUUUUCAAAGUCUAGGACAUAUAGUACACGUUUUUGCUAAAGCACAUUUGUACUCAAAACCCUUUAUGGAUGUCAUUAUAACAAGUUUUUUCAAUAACAUCGAAAAAGCAAGAUUGAAAGACAUAGAAAAAUUGACAUUUGCCUUAUGUAUAUACUCUUUUGAAUCAACACAUCCUAUAUGGAAUAAAAUAGUUGACGAAUUAACUUGUCGUAUAUCCAACGAUAAGAAAGAAAUAUUUAAAUUUCCAUGGAUAUUUGUUAGUAUUAUUAGGUAUUUAUGCUUUUCAAACGUUUAUCCUCUUCAUUUGAUAAAACUAGUAUUAGAUCCAUCUUAUGUUAGCAUAAGAUGCAAAGGUAAUGUUUAUUUAAUUGGCUGGGAAUAUUCCAUAAUAGAAUACUGUGUAAAGGUAGAACAACCUGAAUAUACUGGACCAUUUCUUUCGGAAAAUAUUCUUCUAACUUCAACUAAGCGACAUUGGAAGAUAAUGGAUUUGGAGAAUUCAUCCUUGAUUCGUAAAAUAUUUAAUGAAGUUAUGUUUGUCCUGAAGGAGACUGUCGUAAAGGACGUAGAUUUAUAUAAUGGUAGAGUAUUACCUCAAUUUGUAAAAAAUAAUAUUGUCGUUGGUAUCGAUGAACAUCAGAAUUUCAUCUCAGCAAAACCAAUUUUAUCAAAAAAAUCUGAAACUGACAUUAAGAGAGUAGAUGAUACAUUUCCAGAAAACAUUAAAUGGCUAAUAUUUGUUGUAUUUCAUUAUAAGCAUACAAUAAGAGAAACUAAUAGUCCAACAGGCAUUCUAAUGGCAAAAUUAAGGCAACUGAAACUAAUUGGAUAUACGCCUAUUGUAGUUUCGAGUCAUGAAUGGUUUCAAUUAGGAGGAAAUAUAGAAGGGAAAACGAAUUAUUUGAAAAAUCUUAUAACAAAUGCAAAAUAACAUAAAAGAAAUGUAAUAUUGGAUAUAGACACACACACACACACACACAAGAAUAAAAUAGACUAUUUCAAUUAAAGCGAU